AAGUUGGCAACUCUUGUCACUGGCAUUCACUUUUCGGACAUCAGAAUUCAGAAAUCGUGUUCCAGCCUAUCAAAUCCCUUCAAUCCCGCGUUCCAUCCCAAUUGAUCCCCUGCCCAAAUCAAGCAUGAGUGUCCCAUCCCUGAGCGAAGGAGCCCUGCUCAAGAUCUGCCAAGGCGACAAUGUGGACAAACCCAUUCUCCAGGUUUUGGGCUUGAAAAAGUUGGCCAACCAGAACUCAAGUUCGGAUCGGUAUCGCGUGUUCGUGUCAGAUGGCCAGUACUCGAAUUCGUUCAGUAUGUUGGCCACUCAAAUGAACGACAAGAUCAUCAACGGAUCCUUGGUCAAUUUCUGUCUGAUCCGAGCCAACAACUACGUUUGCAACAAGUCCGACAAUCGGAAAGUCAUUAUCCUAUACGACGUGGACGUGCUCACCCAGCCUGGUCAAGUCUCAAGCACCAUUGGCGAGCCCACCACAUUGAAUCCGGAUGGCACGGUCAAUUCGACCAAUGCCAAGAAGCCGGCUUCGGUCAAAAGAGCGGCGGAGUCAGAUGUAGGUCCGCCCAUGGCUAAACGGUCUCCUUUGACCACGCCCAAUGGGAAUCAGAGCGCGCCCAAAUCUUCCAUUUUGGACCCCCGACCCGUGUAUAGCUCGUCAGGAGCGGGUAGCUUUGACCCAUCACAAGUGUCGGUUCAUCCGAUUGCUUCGCUCACGCCUUACCAAAACAAGUGGACCAUCAAAGCCCGAGUUACUCACAAGUCGGACAUUCGACGAUGGAACAACUCCCGAGGCGAAGGUCAUCUGUUCUCCAUGGAUUUGUUGGAUGAAUCGGGCGAGAUUCGGGCCACGGCCUUUAAGGAACAGUGCGAUAAGUACUACAACGUUGUGGAAGUGGGCAAGCUGUACUACGUUACUUCGUGCUCCUUGAAAGCCGCCAACAAGCAGUACUCGACGUUGAAUAACGAAUAUGAGAUGACAUUUCGCGAUUCCACUGAGGUCAUCCCGUGCAAUGAAGAUGCUUCUAAUAUUCCCACAAUUACGUUCAAUUUCGUCAAAAUCAAAGAUCUGGCCGCCGCUAGCAAGGAUUCCGUCGUGGACGUAAUGGGCAUUUGCAAGGAAGCUUUGGAUGCCACCACCUUGACCUCACAGAGAACCCAGAAGGAGUUCACCAAGCGGGAUAUCCGUCUGGUUGACAACUCAUGCAAUGAGGUCAAUCUGACCCUUUGGGGCCAAACUGCCGAAACUUUCGAUGGGGCCAACAAUCCUGUGGUGGUGGUCAAGAAUUGCAAAGUGUCGGAUUACAAUGGCGUCUCGCUUUCGGCUUUAUCCUCCUCCGUUAUUCAGAUUAACCCCGAUAUGCCUCAAGCCCACUCGCUCAAGGGUUGGUUCGAAUCCGAAGGUCAGAGCGCCCAAACUCAGAGCCUCACUCAAUUGGGUGCCCGUGGAGGUGCCGAUGGAUCCAUUGGGAGCAACCUAAAGACCUUGGGUGAGGUCAAGAUCGAAAAUUUAGGAAUGAGCUCAGAAGGCAAACCAGAGUUCUACUCCACAUCUGCCUACAUUGUUAUGUUACAAAAAGACCGGGCUCUAUACAAAGCUUGUAAUCGUGUGAAUGACGGCAAGGCCUGCAACAAAAAGGUGGUUGACCAAGGAAAUGACCAAUAUCGUUGCGAGAAGUGCAACUCCCAGUUGGACGGAUUCACGUGGCGCAUUGUGCUCAGUUUCAGUAUUGCGGAUAGUACCGACAACACUUGGGUGACGUGUUUCCAAGAGCAAGCCGAGACCAUCCUGAAUAAAACGGCUGAGGAAUUAGGCGCCCUCUAUGAUCAAGACCAAGACGGCUACAACAAAGUGUUUCAAGCUGCCACCUUCAAGCACUACGAUCUUCGAUUGAGCUGCAAGGCCGAGCAUUACAAUGACGAGCAAAAAGUGAGGCACACAGUCCGAUCUGUGGUGCCUAUUAAUUACGAUGACUACAAACAACGACUCAUCAAGGAUUUGGAAAGCGCGGGUAUUGAAAUCCCAGACAAGCUGAGCAAAGGAAGCUACCUCUAAAUUCCGCCCAUUUGUAUAAUAGUUCAGGCCUUGCUCACUCCAUCUUGUACAUGACAACAUAUUUCUUUUCUAUCCCCAACCUUGGCCUCUUGAUUGAUCAACACAAAUAGAUGAAGACGCUACAGUGGCAACUUUUUAACUCAAAUAUUCGA